GGACUGAACCUCUGAAACUAUGACAAGCAAAUGGAUAUUCCGAUAAGAGGAGGCAAUAUGAAAUGCUCCCCUUGUUUUUGGGUGGCCGCAGAAGCCUACAACUGCUGGUGGAGACCGUGUUACUUGUGCAGCUGAGGUAUUGCCUUCGGACCCCGUCUCGCCUCCUCUUUCCGGAGCAAGUCUACAUGCUCCUCCAAGUUAAGGGUCGAGUCUUUUUUGUCCUGUGUUCCAAGUACGGAAGGCACUAGUCCUGGCACAAUGUAGUGUGCAAGCAGUGUUGAUUCCACUGAACUACAGAGCUCUGCAGAGCCUGAGUGUCCACGCCCCUGGGUAGUUGCCACGGAAACUGAGGCCUCGGGAAAGCUCAGGAUUGGCUCCGGGAGGGACCCGAAACCGAGGUGAACUGCGGAAAGGAAACUUGCCUGAACUCAGUUUCCGUGGCAACUACCAAGGGGCGUGGCCACUGUCAGGACGUCUCUAUGGUUUCUACAUCCUAGAGGGACUUAAGUGCACUUCCUGGAAGAUGGCGGCACCCAAGUCGGGUAUGGCACGUGCUUCCACGGAGAGGACUGUACACUGAUGAGGAUGGUGCCACAUUUUCCCUGCUGAGAACCUGAGGACAGAGCCUCUCCCUGCCAUGAGUGUCACCCCAGAGGUGAAGAGUCGUGGGAUGAAGUUUGCUGAAGAGCAGCUGCUGAAGCAUGGGUGGACUCAAGGCAAAGGCCUGGGCCGGAAAGAGAAUGGCAUCACCCAGGCCCUCAAGGUGACACUGAAGCAAGAUACCCAUGGGGUGGGACAUGAUCCUGCCAAGGAAUUUACAGACCACUGGUGGAGUGAUCUCUUCAACAAGACUGCCGCCAACUUGGUAGUGGACUCUGGCAAGGAUGGAGUGCAGAUAAGGCGCCUUUCCAAGGAGACCACCCAGCGCAGUCACUCAAAGCCCAGCUUGCUGUAUCAGAAGUUUGUGAAGACAGCCACACUAACCUCAGGUGAAGAGAAGCCUGACAGAGACUUGGAAAGCUGCAGUGAUGUUGACAACCAUGAACCCAUACCCCCAAAGAUUCUGACUGAUGAGAUGCUACUCAAAGCUUGUGAGGGGCGAACAGCACACAAGGCUGCCCGGAUUGGAAUCACCAUGAAGGCCAAGCUUGCUCGCCUGGAGGCCCAAGAGCAGGCCUUCCUGGCUCGGCUUAAAGGCUCAAAGGACGUGGGCACCUCUCAACCACUGACUGACAGUGAGCCCUCCCAAAAAAAGAAAAAGAGGAGGAAGCAGAAAGAGGAGGAAGAGGCUGCAACAACUGAAAAGAGUCUAGGUGAGGAGCUCCUGGAACACACUGACAAGAGCUUUAGGAAACGUAAGAAGAAAAAGAAGAAGAAGAAAGAUGAGAGAGAGGGAACAGCUAUAGGAAGUGAGGAGGAAGAGGCUGCAGGAGUGUGUGGGCCUGGAGAACUGAGCACAGAGCAAUCUGAUCAGUCUUCUAGGAAAAAGAAGAAAAGGAGGAGGCGGCACCAUGAAGAAGAGGAAGAGAUGGGAGUCUGUGAUGAAGGAGGCAGAGAUGUGACAGGCGGGCCAAAGGCAGUCAACAGUGGAGCAGAUACAGAUCCCUGGAGAAGCAGCAAGAAGCGACAAACAUGUGAGGAGGACUUGGAUACCCAAGAUGAAGAAGAUAAGGAUGACCUAACAAAAAAAGAGAGAAAGGUCAGAAAAAAAGACAAAAAGAAAAGACAGCAGUGCUGUGAGGAGGUCUUGGAUGUAAGCAACAAAGAUGAUGGCAGGACUUGGGAAGCAGAGGACGGAGGUGAGAGAAGUCAGCCACACCCAAAGGCGAAAGCCAAAAAAAAGAAGCGGAAGACGGACUGAGGGUCUAGAGCAGAUCUCAGCUGACUCCCUCUCAGGGGUAGCUGGUUUGGGGCAGGGUUUCUGCACACUCCUCUGUAAGCAGCUCUGGAGAACCUGUCUGCCGAGGAGAGCCAAAGCAUUCUAUGCUAGCUGAGGGGUGGACAUGGUCCCCCGUCCAAAAAAUAUAAUCCUGGUGCCCGGCAACUUGGCCACCUAAAGGAUGAUGGGAAGAGGAAUCAGGAUGGAGGAAUGUUUCAAGGAGUGCCUCUUCUAACAGUCUGAAAAUGUAGAUUUAUAUGAAAUGUCUUGUUUUGGAGACAGGGAUUCUCUAAUGCAGCUCUGGCUUUCCAGAACUCAGAGGUCCAUGUGCCUCUGCCUCAUGGGUGCUUAGAUCAGAGGCAUGCACCAUCACCCUGCAAACUGUUUUCAUUUAAGCAACAUGAACGCUUAACAUACAUUUCUAUGUAUUUAUAUGUAUGGGUUGGGUUACCCUCCCAGACUGCCUGUUUCUAAUCAUGAUUAAAUGAGAACUUGGGCCCCAA